UAGAUCGAGGCGAGAAGAGUUAGUUACAUUGUUGUUGUUUACGAUACUCCCAUAAGCCGUGCCAAAGGUCUAGGAAAAACAGAAGUGGAAGAUGAUGAAAACUACCUGGCUCUUGGUAGUUUUCACGUUGUUAGUGGUGCUUUAUCAAGCAACAGCAGUUCCUGUAGCAUCAUCUUACAAGUUAGAAAAUGAAAAUUUUAUGGAGGUAAUGGAGGCUAAGGAGAAAGCUGAAGAGGCCAGUGACGACGACAAGGCCAAGGAUGAAGAGGAUGAAGAAGCAAGUAAGGAAGAUGAAGAGAAGGAAGAUGAAACCAAAAACGACGAAGACGAUAAGGACGAUGAAGACAAAAAGGAAGACGAGGAGAAGAAAGAUGAUGAUGACAAGAAGGAAGACGAAGAAAGUAAGGAUGAUGAUGAUGAUAAAAAAGACGAGGAAGAGAAGAAAGACGAUAAAGAAGAGGAAGACGACAAAGAAGAGGAACCUGAUCUCAAUGAUCAACAGAACGAUCAAGACUCGUCUGGGGAAGAAAAUGUAGAUCUUGAUUCCGAGCAUUUGGUGCUUCAGGGAAGCGGUAAUGGAAAAAUCAAAGGAGUUGUGAUUGAAGAUUCAGACAAAGAGAAGGACAAACCCGAAAAGCGUUCCGUGGAUGAUGACAAAAAGGCAGUGAAGAGCACACAAGAAAAACGCUGCGGAUGUGGCGGAUGCGGAUGUGGCGGAUGCGGUGGAUGUGGAGAUGCCUUCGAUUCUGGCGGCUGUGAUUACAUGGGAGGGGGUUGCGGCGGAGCACCCGGAGGCAUCUACGGACCCAGUUGUGGAUGUGGUGGUUGUGGAACCUGUGGAACAAACGACUGGUGUGCUGGUGGUACCAUGUGCUCCAACUGCAAAGGAGGAUUCGGUGCCCCAAUCACUUGCUCAGGAUGUAACACCGGCUGCUGCCCAAGUCUCACGUUUCCCUGUCAAUUUGGCGCCACCGUGAACAACCCUGGUUGUGAAUGUUGUAAAGAAAAGACCCCUCCUGGAAAGUGCAAGUGGCCAUGCAUGUGGCCCUGCUGCUGUACCUGCACACCACCUAAAUUUGAGUUCAAACCGCUGAAACCUGAGCCUGUGUGUCACUGUCCAUCACCACACAGCCACCAUACAGCCUGUGGACAUCACUGUUUAAGAAGAUCAAGUAAGCGAGGCCCUGUGAAACGCAGCUUAAUGGAGGAACAGCCAUCUCCUUUUAUGCCAGUCCCAUACAAUUACGGUUAUGCACCAUUCUACAACCCAUUCUUCAAUGGUGUACCAAUGAUGCCUUUUCCAAGAGUAUUUUAAACUGAUCAACUAGAUCUCGUAACUUGAAAAGGAGCCUCGGAUAUGGAGAGAUGACAACACGCAACUUCAAAUCAGCACGCCUAAGGCAAUGCGGAACGAAUGAUGAACAAUGAACGCUUCGUUGACAAAAAAAUUAUUAAUUUAGAGAAAAAAAUAUAUUUUCGAUGACUUUCCAUACUAUUCAGUUAUAAUAUUGAAAUACUGGUCAAUAAAUUGAGCAAAAGUUUAAUAUGA